GUGCUGAAACUGGAAGGUGAUAUGCGUGUUGAAGAAAAUGUUACUGGACCACCAAAUAAGAUUAAAAACGAAUUGAUCGAUUUCAUUCGUGGUGGUGGAAACGCCAGUACAGCGGCAGCAGCAAAUCCAUCCGCACCUCGAGCUUCACCCUUGAUUCAACAGUUCAUCAGUCAAACUAUGGCAGCACGUCAUUCUGGUGAUUCCAGUAUGAAGAAGGAUAGGUGA